CCUUUGAAGUUGGUUCAGAAGUUGAAGUUUUAGCCGAGAAGUUCCUGUCCUGGACAAAGUGAACAAGUCAGACAUAGCGAAGGAGAUUCUAGAGGUGUUGGUGACUAGUAGUAGCAGAUAGAUAUUCUUUGUUGAUUAAGGUCUUUAUGCAUGGAGGAUAUAGAAGACUUGUAUAAUGAUGGGAUGUCUAGGGACAAUGAUCCCUUGUGUUAUGAGCAUCCAACUGAGACGGAGCAUGAUAUUUCUCAAAAAGGCACUAAAAGGUAUCGAGGUGAAGUAAAAGGGUUAAAGUCCCCUAAUGUGCCAAAAUUCCUAGAAUGGGAUUCAUUUAAUCGACCAACUGGUCAUUGGUUGAAGGACUAUAGGCAACAAAUUGGGAAGACAGUGCAUACUAAGGUCAGUAUUUUGACAAACAAAUGGGAAGAGGUACCUCAAGGUCUUCAAGACACCCUUUGGGAUUACAUUAAGACUAUGUAUCAUAUUGACAACAAUCCACUGAAGAAAAAGUAUGUAAUGGCACACUUGAGUGACCGGUUUAGGGAUUGGAAAGCUAAGUUGGUAAGUGGACAUAUCACAAAGACAAGAAAAAUCUCGCCUAAUGCCAAACCACCUUACCUUGUAUAUGAAGCCAUCACUGAAGAAAUAUGGCAGCAAUUUGUUGCAGCUAAGACCACCGAUACAUUUAAGGAAAUAAGCGAGAAGGCACGGAAGAGUCAGUCGCACAAUCUGCAUCCUCAUUUUAUGGGGCAAAAAAGCUAUUCACAGAAGGAAACUGAAUGGGAGGUUGAAGGAAGAUACCCUUCAGUCGGAAGUACAGAUUCAACCAUGAGAAAACGACAUCUAAAUUGGAUUUUUGGCCGGCAAAAGAAAAACGAAAAAGGAGAAUAUGUUUUCCCUAAAGAUGAAGCACGCCUGGUUGGUGAAAAAAUAGACAAGGAGGUUCAGGAAGUCGAGCAAGGAAUUUGGACUCCACAUAGGCAAGAUGAUGUCUUAUCCCGUUCCCUUGGAAAGAAAGACCGUCGUGGACGUGUGGUUACAGUUGGAGGAACAAUCGGCCAUCAAGCAUAUUGGGGGAAACCGGUUCGAAAUAAUGGAGAAUAUGAUCAUUUCUCACAAGCCGGACUAAAAAAGAUUGAAGGCGAUUUUGAGGCUAGAAUAGAGCAAGUGCGAAAGGAAACUAUAGCUAUGAUGGAAAAGAAAAUGGAGGCCGUAGUUGAGGAAAAAUUCAUUAACUUGGUGACAAAAUUAGGUCUAAAAUUGCCGGUUGGGAUGGAGAUUGGAAAGACCACAACCACUACAACCACUACACGGAGUCGUAGCAACUCACCUUCUGUGGAGCUAGAGCCUAAUUCUGACCCAUUUGCGGAGUUGAAGAGUCCUUUAGCAUGUCGUCUGUGCCAACUUGAUGAUUCCCAACAAUUAGUAGUCGUGGCUAGGGGUGUAGCAUAUCCGUUCAAUGCUGAAGAUGUAGUACACCAUUCUGCAAUGAAGCCUGGUUAUUUGAAAGUUAGUGUGAACUCAUGUGUUCCUGGCUAUGAAACUGCACCUCUACCUGUACCCAACUUAGAGAUGAAGGAUGUUGGGGGAGCCGUAAAAAGUUUCGUCCAAUGGCCUAGAAAAUUGAUUAUAGGGGACGAGGUAAUUUGUUUAAUAUUCUAA